AUGUCCUGUUGGCGUCGGACGUUUGGAGGAUUGAGGUCGAAUUAUACUAUGUUGUUGGCCAAAAGAGCAAUUCAUACGUGCAUGGCACGCUAUGGCCCUGUGAGAGAUCGAAUUGUACAGAGGCUUCAAAUAGAGUUUAAACCUACGCAUUUGGAAGUGGAUUGUGAAAGUCACAAUCAUGCAGGUCAGGAUGACGAUGAAAGACAUUUUUAUGUGCAGAUUGUAUCCAACAAUUUCGAAGGAUUGAAAACCAUACAGAUGCAUCGUCUAGUUAAUAAUUGUUUGCGAGAAGAAUUAGCAGGACCAGUGCAUGCACUCCGUAUCGAUGCUUAUGCCACAUCACAGUUCAGUCGUGAUCCACCCACGGUCCCACCAAAAUGCGCCCAUACUCGUACAGAACGUAUUUCCAAAUAG